AUGACUUUCUUCAAGUACCUCAUCAAUAUGUGGUUAAUCUAAGUUUGUUUAGGUUUUCGAUCCUUUGCAGCUCAAUUUAACAAAGCAAUAUUUUAGAAGUAAUGCCCUCCUUCGUUGUAAUACUUUCCAGGCAUCUACCCUCAUCUCUGUGCAGGUUAAUUUAUUUAUCCUAAGUUAGGUAUUGGAAAAGUAUGCGUCGGAACAACUGAAUUAAUUGUAAAGGUUUCUUCCAAUGGGCGUGAAACACUGUGUAAUCCUUAGGUCUAAAGUUAUGAAUUUGGGCCGAAUACUAAUUCACAUUUAUUUUUUGGAAAAUAUCCAUAUACUUUGAUUUAUUCAUAUGACCAAGAUGGAAACGUCGUUUUUUCAACUGAAUCUAUACCAUCAUUGUCUAAUCAUGGUUGCUUAAUUGGAUAAAAAUAUUAGGAUAUCUAUAAAUGCUAAUAUUGCAGUUGGUCAGGAUAUGGCGAAAAUUGUUCAUAAUCUUUUGCAGUUCCAAGUAUAAAUUUUAUUAAUUCUAAAGAAUGUGGUUCAAAUUGUAAAACAUGUGAUCCUACUAAUUCAUUUUGCGAUAGUUGCGAUGAUGGUCAGUCCCCAUCAAGUAACACUGACUAGAAAUGCACAUUAAGUUAGAUAUAUUAUCAUUAUCCAAAGAAUGUCAAGCAACUCAUAAAGUUUGUUAAAAAGUGGGAGGUGUAUAUUCAUUCAGUGAAUGUAAGGAUGGUUAUGAAUUAUAGAAUGGACAAUGUGUUGGUACCAUGUAUCUUUUUAUAGUUAGCUUGUCCAACUAAUUGUAAAACUUGUUUUGAAGGAGACUGCUAAAUUUGUACAUGGCCUUAUGUAUUAAAAGAUCUUAAUGUUUGUGUGACAAGAUGUGCAUGA